CACUGUCUCUCACUAACCUUCGUCAUCUACAACAAACUCACCGCUGCAUAUCAGUCACUGAUUUUUACAUCAAUGGCAGAGCAGCAACAGUCACAGCAGGGGGUCCAGCUGCCACCGCGCUCCCACCAGGUGGUGAAGGCUGCAACUGCGGCCACUGCUGGCGGAUCCCUCCUACUUCUCUCUGGCUUGAUCCUUGUUGGGACGGUCAUUGCACUCACCGUAGCUACUCCAUUGCUGGUCAUUUGCAGCCCCGUUCUUGUCCCUGCAGUUAUCGCAGUUGGUCUCAUAAUAACGGGGUUCCUGACAUCUGGUGGUUUCGGCGUUGCAGCAAUCUCCAUCUUGUCAUGGAUCUAUAGGUAUGUCACUGGGAAGAAGCCACCAGGUGCAGAAAGUCUAGACCAGGCGCGCAUGAAGCUGACGGGCAAGGCGCGAGAAAUUAAGGACAGGGCCGAGCAGUUUGGACAGCACGCAACUGGUCAACAGACUUCUUAGAAGUGUCGCCACAUCUCAUCUCUCCCUGCUUGAUGGAGAAAGAUUCAUAUGGAUAGUCAAAGAUUAGCAAGGGUGGAGAUACAUAAAAUGGCUUUGAUAUGUAUGAGUCGUAAUUAAUUCUAUUUCCAGUUAAGGCCAUUGCUUGUUUAGUGUUCUUUUUCGCUUUUGGGUUACACUUCUUGUGGAUGGAUCUUUUGUGAGUGCUUUAAAAUAAUUUCUUGUCUGAAUCUGUGUGGAUCUUUGUAAUGAAGUCUUAUUUCUUGUUUUAUGUAGUAAUCAAUUGAUUUGGAUUUUAGUUUGUUCUA